AGAAUUUCAAAGCUUUCAAAAAAUGUUUCCUCUGCGCGACUCAUCGAGCACUUGGUCAUCGAGGACCGACGAUGAAUCUUUCGGAUGGCGGAUCGGCACCGAACCACAUUACCAAAUAACCGAAGAUACCUCCACCGUAAAUCCAGACGAACCGACGAACUCGCCGCACCAACAACCCCAAUCCGUAUCGUCCGUUGACUCCGGAACGUCGAGUGGUAACUUUGGCCCCGUCCAAAGCCCGGCGUCUCCCAUCCAAGAUAACUCCUCGGACUCGGAGGAGAAGGAAGAGGACGAGGAGACGACCGAGUACAUCGAGCUCCAGCUGCUGGGAGCCAACGACGAGGAGGACGAGAAAUCAUUCGACUACGGGCGCAGCGCUUUUUGCUACACACCCGAGAGGCUGGUCAAGUGCGGCGAGUUCCGCGUACUGGCGCCCUCGCCCAGGUUCCGUCCGGAUUUCGAAGGGCUCGAGACUGCCGAGGCGAGACUCGCUUCUGACGUUGGCGGGGAAGAGAUGAACGGAGCAACGCAGUUGGCCAGAUUACUACAGAGCCCGCAGCGUUACAGUAGUGACACCUCAUCUUUAUUAAAGCCGUCAAGUUGCAAGCGGUGCUGCCCGGUGAGGUAUGGUGACGGUGAAGUUGUACUUCACACCAAACACUGUCCCCGUGACUCGGAGAAUCGAACGCCAGCUGACUUGCAGUCACAGAGUUGUUCAGAACACGACUACACGUCCUGUACGAAGAGACAAACGGAGGAGGACAGCCCAAAGGCAAAAGACGCGACAGGGCAGAAAAUUGCUGACGACAGUAGCGGGGUGUCGUCGGUGGACGGGCUGACGGGGACGCGUGGUGGUGACGACUGGAGCUGUUGCGGUAGCGAAGUACUGGAUGACAAUGCAGAUACACACAGCAUAUUGACUUCCCGACGGGUCUCCAGCGAGCUUGCCUACGUCUCGCUUGAGUUUGACGAACAGAACGCCCAAGGACCAUCAGAUGCGAGUGGAUUAAUUACAGUCCUCGAAGUGGAGCGCACAACGGCCCAUAACUUCCACAGCCUCUUGCGUCUACCAAGUACUGAUCCCGAGUACCUGGCAAGGCUGGCUUUGGCCGUGGAACCCAAAGUCAGACCUACCAUAAGGAUCAUUUCCACUGACACGGAAGUACAAAUCGAACGGCUGAGGGACAAGGUGGACCGACUCCAGGGAAAUAGUAAGAUGCUCUACGAAGAGUUAUCGCUGCUCAAGAGGGACUUUGCGAUGGACGAGUGUAGAGUCAACCAUUUGUCAGAAGACAUAGGCAAACUUCAAACUGAAGUUCAUGAGCUGAGGUACCUGGACGAUCUUCUCAAGCUCCUGAGGGGCGAGCUCGAAAGGGUUUCCGACCAAAUUUGGCCCUUCAGCGUCAGACACGCAAAACGCGGAACUGAAGAAAUAAAUCUCAUUGUUUGAUUCUCGCCGA